ACCGUAAAACGUUUCUCAAAAUGGCCAACUUCCUGGUUUCUCUAAUUGACAACAAAAUCACUGUAAACAGAGGAUAAAGAAGCCAUGUGGGAUUGGCUAACAUCCAAUCUGCGUCGCAGGUGUAGACGGCGCAAUGACAGAAAUCAGACAAGAAAUCAAGCAGAUGAAGAGCCGAUGUCAUCAGGAUCUGAACUAAGAAACUUCUUACAUAGAACUAGGGAACAGAACAUUCCGUUCUUCAGACCUUCAAAUCUAAGUAGUGGAUCUCCUCCAAAGUGUCUGAGCAGACUUACGUGCUCAGAUAUACUAUAUGGGAAUCGGAUUGAGGACUUCUCAACAGAUUGUUGGUUAGAAAAUCGGUUACACCAUUUUGGACUUCCCGAGCGAGAUCAUCAAUUGAUGUCACAAUCGGCUGCAUUAGCACCUUUGUUUGAAAGUGACGAUGACAGCAUAACAACAAGUAAUGACUCCAACAGUAUUGUAGUUGACUAUAAUGGCCCCAGCACAGUUUCAGGUCAUGGUUCAUCUCAAAAUCCUGCAAGAAUUGCUCUCGAAGAACUGUUUAUACCCUUGGGUGAAAGUGAAAGUGACACUGAUGUGGAUGGGCCUUUUAACUACUCAGAUAUAAUUGACCCACCUCCAUACAGCGAAUAUAGUGAUGACCCACCGACAUACGAAGAGGCAUUGGCUGGUAAUGAGGGUAUGGCAAAUACAGCGCGAUCCCGAAGAAGCAAUACCAGUCGGUCGACCUCCUCAACCCUGGCAUUCAUGUGGUAGAAUUGGACACUUGAAGCGUUAUAACCGUAUAUUAUUAGCUUGCAUAUUAAACAACUACAAAUCUGAUUUAAUUUUGUAAAAAUAACAAGUGAUAUUGAUUUGUCAUGACUUACAUGUACAAGUCUUGCAUUGAACACUUGGAAAGGUAACUGUUUUGCUGUGAUUGGGACAUUGCAUUCUGGUUUAAAUAUUACAACAGUAGAACCUCUUUCAAGGAUGGGCAUAUUGAGUGGUCAACUGAGUAUUGACUGGGCCAGUGGUCAAAACUGGUAAAUAAUUUUAACCAGUAUUGUUAUAGUUAUAGAUACAUCUGCAGCCAUUUGUAUAAAACUGGUUAUUUUCUGGUUUGGUUAAAUGUUUAUUGAUUGGUCAGUAUUUAUCGAAUAAUGAUGGUUGACCAAUUAAAUUGCUUGCAUUUGCAAACCAACCAAAAGAUAACAUGUGGAUAUGUUUUCCAGUUGUAUACCAUUUGUUCCAGUUCUUUUUGUUUUUCAAUUGAGGUAUGUGAACAAAUAUUAAUGUAAACUCUGUUUAAAGAGGAUCACUUUAUAGAUUCAUUAUUGUUAUAUAGUUUAUAAUACUUGGAAAUUUAUAUUACGCUGAAUUUUAUUCCAACGUUUCUGUCUGUUAAAUUUACAUGUAUAUAUAUAUAGGGUAAUGCACUUCAAAUUAUGAACAUAUUUCAAGUUAAGGUUGUAUUUGUGAAUCAACCUGUGGUUUUGUAUCAUAUAUACAUUUCAUGCACAUUAUUAUGUUGUAAACAGACUAGGAAUAAUUGUAUAUCCAAGACUUGGGUAUUAUGUUCUUAACAUCUAUAUACAUGUAACUAACAGGUCUUUGUCUACUUCAUGUGUUAUGAAUAUUGGAAACCCUUGCUUUAACUUUUCAUCCAACUACACAUACUUGUUCACAGUUGCCAAAAAUGGCCCAAAUCAGGAAAUUUUCAAUGGAAUUAUGUUGUAUUUAGUUUUUAAUUUAUAUACAUGUAUAUCUUAUUGUGUCAAGUUUUCGUUCCUUUAAUCAUCAAAAUGGUCAAAAUUAUAUAUGCACACGCAGUAUUAUUAUCAAUAGCUACAGUGUAUCAUCACAUGGUUUAACAUGUGACCUGGCACAUGUAUACCUGUCUUUUCGGUUUUGUUUUCUUAAAAUGCCUGGCAAUAAAGCAUCAACCAAUAGUGUAAAGACAGGCAAACAAAAGCUUUUAUGCUGAUUUGUGACCAUGCAGCUUAAUUUAAUCACAAUGACUUUGAAAAUUACACAGCAUUUGGAUUUAAGAACUCAUUUAAAUUUUGCAGCCAACUUUUAAAAAGGGAAACCCUUUAAAAGUCUUUGAAAAGAAAAUAGAAAAACAACAACAUUAAAAAUGAUUUUUAACCAUUUAGUGCUUGACUGUGUGUAACAUUUAAGCCUUUUGGAUACUGAAAUGUUCAAGUGAAAAUAUGCCUAUCCAUUGUGCUCUACCUGAAACUGGCAAUGGUAGUAAGCUAAAAUAUUUGAAAUUCACAUACAGUUGAACACCGUUGGCUUAAAAUUCAAGGGACUGGCGAAAAUAUCUCACGCCUCGGAUUAUUCGAGCCAAGAGGGAAUGCUUAUCCUCAGUAUAAAGAAAUCGGUCCUUUACAUCCAGUUUGAGCCAAGCAAGUUCAAGCCAACAGGGUUCAACUGUAUAACUAUAUAAUAAAUUGAUCAUUCUUUUGAUAGCAUUUUGAAAAUGUUGUUGACAUAGUGAUAUUGAUAUCUUAUAGGUAUAGGGUGAACAUUAAAGGACUAGUUAACAUCGUUUGAUGAACAUUUCUAAAUUAAAGUGUUUUUAAUAAAAGUGCACAAUAUCUGAUAUGGCACUUAACAUGUAAGGGCUAUAUUGACUCAAGAUCAAGCGCAUAUUGUUUUGACUAUACUUGACUUUGAUGUUUGUAAUUACUUUCAAAUUUCAUUCACAUUGUUUUCAUUGUUUAUUUUGUAUCUUGUUACUAAUUAUCUUUGAUCAUUCUCAAGUUGUUAUUACUGAAUUUCAACAGCAUCCUCUACUAUUUUGACAUUCAUAUAUUGCAUUUGUAAUUAUGCCGUAUGUGAAAUAAAUAUACAGAAAU